GUCACGGUGCCGGGCGGGCGGCAGGAGCAGGAGCAGGUGGAGGAUGUCGGGGCUGAGGGAGGCGCUCGGUGCCGGCGCUCUGGGAGCUGCGGCCGCGGCCUCCGCCAAACUCUGGCUGGGAGGCGGGAGCGGGCCUGGGCCUGGGCCGGUGCUGCACGCGCUGCGCUGGCUUGGCUGUGGCGGGCUGGUCGUCCUCUGUAACACGUUGAUGUGGACAUUAUUUGCGAAAGCACUGAGAUAUUCCUCGUCUUCACGAACCACCCUGACGACUACUGCCUCCAAUUUUCUCUCCUCAGCCUGUCUGGGGAAGCUGCUGUUCGGGGAGGAGCACGGGCUGUUGUGGUGGCUGGGGUUGGCCCUGAGCCUCGCUGGGCUGCUGCUGCUACACACUGCUACAGACACGGAGCAGGCAGGCGUGUACACCAAGGAGGAGUGAGGGGUGUGUGUGUGGAGGCACGUGAGGGGAGGGGGAGACCGAGGGUGGUGACAUUGCUGGCAGUGCGGAGUGAGGUGAAGGGCAGGGAGAUGCUGGCAGUGCCGAGGCCACGGACAUCCUUUGCGGACAGUUAACAGGAGCUUUGCUGUGGGAAAUUUGAAUGAACAAAACCAGCCUGUUUUGUGUAACUACAGACAUGACUGGUUGCUUCUGCCUAGGCCCUGAGCACACACCGGACCCUGGCAGAAUCUCCCAGUCCUGGGCCACAGCAACCCCACGGUAACACCGUGUCCCCCCCCCCUCACCACGGUAACACCACCCCCCCCACACCACGGUACAAUGUCAUAAGGGACAGGAGCAGAAUUAGGCCCCUCAGCCCAUCAAGUCUACUCCGCCAUUCAAUCACGGCUGAUCUAUCUCUCCCUCCUAACCCCAUUCUCCUGCCUUCUCCCCAUAACACCCAAUAGACAAUAGAUAAUAGGUGCAGGAGUAGGCCAUUCGACCCUUCGAGCCAGCACCGCCAUUCAAUGUGAUCAUGGCUGAUCAUCCCCAAUCAGUACCCCGUUCCUGCCUUCUACCCAAAUCCCGACUCCGCUAUUUUUAAGAGCCCUAUCUAGCUCUCUCUUGAAAGCAUCCAGAGAACUGGCCUCCACCGUCCUCUGAGGCAGACUAAUUCAGACUAAUCCCGCACUAAUGAAGAACCUGUCCGUCUAUAUCCAUUGUCGGCUCCACAGCCGUGUGUGGCCUUCUGUUACCCAACUCCCUGCUGACCUCCAGUUGAUGACUCACCCUCACUGCUUCUGUGAUCAAUGCGUCAAUAUCUGUGUUACAUUUUGUUGUUAUGACUGAAUGAUAGUAAAACCUCAAGGUGAAACAUUACCAGAUUUUAAUGGUCUUUGAUUUCAGAAAGUGAAAUCGUGAAAUCAGAAUUGUUAUUUCUUUAAGAAUAAAUGAUUGGAGACUGUU